AUGGCCACACAUCGUCUCGUUACACGGUCUCAUCAAGGGGAUGUCUCGGAUGGCGAGUGGGUUAACGUGAGCGACGGCCGCGAACAACACGCAGCUACAACCAACUCGGAGUCUAUGCCGGAGCGUAUUACACGGGUCACCACGGAUGAAAAGAAUCUCAACAAGUUCUACAAUAUCAAGUUCUCAGCCACGAGGUCUCAUCGGUUAGAACGAUACUACAAUGAAGAGCUCGACAGUCUGUUCAAGGCUCCGUUCGAUACCUACAGCCAAGAGGACAAGGUAGACUUCUUACUUCUGCGCAACUAUCUGAGGCGCAAUCUACGCGUCCUACUUCUAGAUCGUGAGCGAGACGAACUGGUGAAGCCGGUGUUGCCAUUUAUCCAGCCGCUCAUCGAGAUAUGCGAAGCUCGUCAAAGCAUGGUUCCCGUCGACAGCAAGAAAACGGCCAUGAUAGUAAACGAGACAGCAAAGAAGAUAAUUGCGACGACAAAGGCCAUCAAAACCAAUGAGAUCAAGGCCAAUGACUCGACUUUUUCACGUGCUAUGAGCACCAUUGACCAAAUCCGAGGCCACGUUGACGAGACCUACGGCUUCUACGCCCCCUACGACCCCUUGUUCCCCUUCUGGUGCGACGCGCCUAAAACUGAAUUGGACGAGGCCCUCACCGGCAUCAAGACGGCGAUAGACACCAAACUCAUUGAGAAAAACGGGUCCGGAUCUAUUCGUGCUGCAGUAGAACCCAUUGGGCGCUCCGGGCUGAUCACUGAGCUCGAAGCGGAAAUGAUACCCUACACGCCCGAGGAGCUCCUGAAGCUGGCGCAGGAACAGUACGAUUGGUGCGAAAAGGAGAUGAAGAAGGCUUCACGCAGCAUCAAGGUGGGCUCCGUUCGACCGGAAGGUAAUCAUGGAAGCGUAUCGGGUCUUGAGGCUCCUAAUGGUGGCUUUGGCGACGACUGGAAGGCGGCGCAGGAAUAUGUCAAGAAUUCAUAUGUUGAGCCCGGUCAACAGCCUGAGAUGGUACGCCAGCUGGCCUAUGAGGGCAUGGCUUUUGUGAAGAAGCAUGACUUGGUUACUGUCCCAGAAAUCGCGGGCGAGACGUGGCGUAUGUUUAUGAUUGACGCAGAACGUCAAAAGGAGUCUCCAUUCUUCCUCGGAGGCUCCUCCUUUUGGGUCUCUUAUCCCACCGCCGCCAUGGACCACGAUCUCAAGAUGAUGGUGAUGCGCGGCAACAACCCUCACUUCUCACGGGCGACGGCAUUCCAUGAAUUGAUACCCGGCCAUCGUUUGCAGCUUUUCAUGGGUAAGCGUCAUCAUCCGUACCGCGAACUCUUCUCGACACCCUUCUUUGUCGAGGGCUGGGCCAUGUAUUGGGAGUUUGUCUUUUGGAAUAGGGGCGACUUCUUCGUGAGCCCCGAAGAUAAGAUCGGAACCCUCUUCUGGCGGAUGCACCGAUGCGCGAGAAUCAUCUUCUCCCUCAAGUACCACCUCGGCGAGAUGACGCCCCAAGAGUGCGUCGACUUGCUGGUCGACUGGGUCGGCCACGAGCGAUCCAACGCCGAGGGAGAAGUCACGAGAUCGUUCGGCGGCGAGUACUCUCCCCUAUACCAGGCCGGAUACAUGCUGGGGGCAUUGCAGAUGCACGGUCUGCGGGAGGAGGUGCUGACCAAGGGGUUGAUGGGCGAGAAGGAACUCCACGAUAAGAUCCUGAGGGCGAACACGAUGCCAAUCGAGUUGCUUCGAGCGCUUCUCCUGAAUCAGUCCCUAAGUCCGGAUACGGAGGCUCAGUGGAGGUUUUACGACUGA